AUGGGUCUGAACACACCAUUGAGGAACGGGUCUGACAAUGCUGACAGUGGCCACGGGAGUUAUGCCCAGACACCUCCAGAGGGUCAAAGCAGGAUGGACCAGGACGGGAAGAGUAGGGAUGGAACCACUGGCACGCAGUCGAAGUCCGGCUCGCGUAGGAGCAUUUUUAAGCGAAUCAAGGCUGAAUUUCAAUUCCAUGAUAAGCUGCACAGACUUUCGUUUAGGCAGUCGAGUGCGCAUGAUACUGCCGCGAACUCGGAGCCAGAACGGAGCGACGAGUCUCAAUCGCUGCAAGACGAUAACGCCGACGAAGUUGACGAACAUUCUGACGAGGAAGAGGAGGAUGAUGAAUCUGACGGCAGUGGAGGCGAGGAUGAUGAGGCUGAGCCUGACGACAGUGCUGCCGAAGAAAGCGCGUCGGGCGAGUCGGGGGAUGUUGCCUCGGACGCGGAUGACACUGUCGCCAACUCCGCCCCCAUUGUUACCUCAGAUGUGGGCCGACAGAAUACCGUUGCCCAGAACCAUCCGACCCAGGCCUUUUUACACCCAGAUCGCGAUCCGCUCCGUGCCAUGAAGGUAGGAACCGCAUUCAGUUCUUAUACUGCCUAUGGUGGCCUUUCGCAGUUUGGCGUUGGCUCAGCCACUCAGGGUAUCCACCCGCAAGCCAACGUUAGCGGGGGACAAAUGUUGUACCAACAACCCCCCCAGCGCCCGCCGCAACAAGAUCAACAGCCCCAGUGCCAGCCGCAACAGUACCAACAGCAGCCACUACAGUAUCAAUACCAGGUGACGCAGCAGCAGCUCCAGCACCAGGUGGCGCAGCAACAACAACAACAGUUCCGGCACCAGAUGGUACAACAGCAGUCCCAGCUCCAGCGUUUGCCGCAGUCACUACAACAGCUCUCGCAGCAUUUAUCUGUAAAUCUACAGCCGUUGACCCAGCAGCUUCCGCAGCACCAUUCGCAGCCUCGUCCGCCGCCUCCUCAACAAAAUAUGUCACCUCCCACACAGCAGCUCCAGCAGCAUCCUCCGCCGAUCCGACAGCUUCAAGAACUCCAGGAGCAGUACCAGCGUCAACAGCAACAGCUCCAGAGGCUUGAGCACAAUCUGGAGGCGGCUGCGAGGCGCGAGGCGCCUACGAAGUCCACCAAAGGUCCAAAUCAGCCUCAAACGCAAGGCCGUGGUUCGGAGAAGCCGCAAGACCAACGUGCGGUGAAACGUUCUGUGUCUCAAAAGGAUGUUCACGUUCGCAUUACCAGGACCCCCGCAUCGGGCGAUGCUAAAUCUCUAGCCUAUGAUCUUCUCAUGGAGGUAGAGAAGACGAAACAGGCGCAGUGUAGUUUGAGGAAGGAAGAACUAGCGUUACAAAGGGAGCAGCAACAGUUGCAACUUGCGCGCGUCGAGUUGGAACGGGAACAGAUUCGUGAGAGACUGCAGAAAGCAAGUCUCUGUACCCAGACACGAAGCAAGCAGCCAGUGCAGGAACGGGGAUCCGAAGGCAAUGUGGUAAGCCCUUGGGCGGGAUAUGCCAGUCCUACACCUCUGUUACAGUACACUGGUGGUGAUACCCCUACGACACAGCACUUGCCUGCGAUCCCGUUAGUUUUGUCCAACGUUCAGCCUUCCCCAGUUGUGACGACGGUUCCGCAAUUUUUUCAGUCUGUGCCCGGAUCAAUACAGAGCCAAUCCACAGGUGGGAGUGUCGUUAGAAUGGUUCCCAUGAACCAACAGAUCCCGGUAUCUGGGAUUCCGCAAGUACACCCUGUUUCGCCAGUCCAAGUUUCGUCGCCGCAAUUUAGACCCGCUGGUAAUCCGUCGUAG